AUGUGGGCGAAACAGGCAGGCAAGGCCAUCCGGUCGCUGGGGCAGACGAUCGACCGCGUCGGCGUCUCGCUGGAGGGCAAGCUCACCUACACGGAGCACCUGAACCCGUCCACGCGCGCCGUGAAGAACCUGGGACGCGCGCCCAAGUUCGAGGAGGGCGUUUUCGUGGCGCCCAACGCGUCGGUGAUCGGCGACGUCAAGGUGGGCAAGGGCAGCUCCAUCUGGUACAACGCUACCGUGCGCGGCGACGUCAACCACAUUACGAUCGGCGAGAACACAAACAUCCAGGACCAGGCCGUGGUGCACGUGGCCAAGAUCCACCAGGACAUCCCCACCAAGAUCGGCAACAACGUGACCGUGGGCCCCAACGCCAUCGUGCACGCCUGCACCAUCCAGGACCACUGCAUCAUCGGCACGGGCGCGCAGGUGCUGGACGGCGCCGUGGUGGGAGCCAAGUCCAUCGUCACCGCCGGCUCCAUCGUCACCAUGGGCAAGCAGGUGCCCUCGGGCCAGCUCUGGUCGGGCGUCCCCGCCCGCUACCUGCGCGACCUCACGGCCGAGGAGAUGCAGUUCAUGCAGCAGUGCUCAGCCGAGUACACGCAGCUGGCGGAGCAGCACGCUGAGGAGUGCGCCAAGAGCUUCGAGGAGUACGAGGCCGACACGGAGCGUUUCAAGAUCCUGCGGGACGUGGGCGAGACUGGCCUCCCGCAGAAGGACGAGACGCGCGAGGACACCGGCCUCUUCUUCCGCUACUAGACAGCUGCAUGCGUACUUGAAAGGGAGGGCGACGUUGAGUGCAGAAGUUAAGGUGGAGAAGAGCAAACACAAAGAAUGAAAUGGACAUUACGACGGAA